AUGAGGGAGCUUCCAAACGGUUUAAUCGCUUUUGGCCCCGAGGCCAACUGCACUCUCGACACGUGUCCACUCGAAGCGAGUCUCCUUCGGUAUCAACCCAACACACCCUCCACGAUCGUCUUCAUCGUCGUCUUUGCUCUGUCGAUGAUUGCGCACACAUGGCAGGGCGUACGGACAAAAUCAUGGGGCUUCAUGGCGAGCAUGAUUAGCGGAUGCAUUCUAGAGAUCAUAGGAUAUAUCGGACGGUUGAUCAUCCACGACAACCCAUUUAACUUUAGCGGGUUCUUGAUGCAAAUUAUUUGUAUCACGGUCGCGCCUGUGUUUUUCUGCUCUGCCAUCUACGUCCUUCUCUCCCAGGUAGCCAACUAUGUCGAUGCUUCCGUCUCCCGCUUCAAGCCCCAGCUCUUCUACUGGGUCUUCAUCCCCUGCGACAUCGUCUCCCUCGUCCUCCAAGCCCUCGGCGGCGCACUCUCUUGUACCGGCGCCACCGAGCACGACAUCAACGUGGGUGAGGAUAUAUCUCUCGCCGGCCUUAUCUUCCAAGUCGUCACCCUCGUGACCUUCUGCGUCGCCUUUGCCGACUACGUUCUUCGAGCCCGCCGCUCGUCCUCCCGCGAUAGGCUCGACAGGCCAUUGAUGACCUUCCUCGGGUUCAUGUUCGCCGCAACGUUUUUCGUCCUCAUUCGUUGCGUUUACAGGAUUGUUGAGCUCGGCCAGGGAUACUUCAGCGAACUUUUCCGUGACGAGGGUCUCUUUAUUGCCUUUGAGUCGGUGAUGAUGUGCAUCGCCGUUCUCUUGCUCAAUGCCGGCCACCCCGGCCCCGUCUUCAACCGCAGGCGGGCCUUGUCCAAGGAGGACCAGUCCCCUGAGCAAUCGGUGUACCAAAUGACUGAAGCCUCUCCCGCCGCAUCCUUCAAGAAUUAG